CCCCCCGGCCCGACCUGCCCCAGCUGCCCUUGCAGAGAAUCCACAUGACCUCUGACAACCAGGCUCAGGUCAUGGAGCUGCUGCAAGAGCUGCAGACACACGACCUCCAGGAGGACAGGUACUCAGGCUCUGAUGCUGAGGAAGAGCAGGAUGAGGAGGAGUAUGAUGAGCUGGAUUACCGUGAGGAUGGGCAGUUUUGGGAAACGCGAGACGAGCCGGCGGAGUUUGCGGAGUUUGCGGAGAGCUCGGCCUGUGAGCAGGACUCUGAGGAUGAGCAGCCCUCUGCCCAACCCGGAGUGUCCCUGUUCGCCGUGGGCCGUCUGAGCAGGUAUGGCUUUGACCGGGAGCGCAGCCGGCAGGCCCUGGAGGCCGGGGGGGGGGAGGUGGGCGCCACGCUGGAGCGCCUCCUGCAGGAGGUGUUCACCCAGCGCUACGGGCCUCCCCCACCCCCCCCUGAGGCCCUCCCCAUGGACGAGUGCCUGUCCCAGCGGCAGGAGGAGGCCAUGGCACUUACUGCCAUCUACGGCAACCGCUUCACCGAGCGCAUUGCUGACCGCGUGUGGAGUGUGUGCCUGGACCCGCUGCUGUUCUCCCAGACCCUGGACCCUGCGCCCGGCCGACCCGCUCACACACACCCCCCCGCCCCGGUUCGGCUCCAGGACGUGUGCAAGUUCUACCUGAAGGGGUCGGGGUGUCGAUUCGGGGACAGGUGCAGGUUAAAACACCAGCUCCCCACAGACUGCCCGCCUCCCCCCGGUGGCCCCCCCGGCCCCAGCCAGCCGGGCUUCAGCAGCUCCUCUCCCCCCGAGUACGAGCUGGAGGUGCGCUUCCCACUGGGCAGCCGCUACCCCUUCCAGCCGCCGCUGGUGGCCUUCAGCACCAGCGAUGCGCGGCUGGGCGCGGCCGGACGGCUCUGCGUCUCAGAGCUGCUGUAUGGGGAGGCUCUGUCCGCCGCCCGCGCCGGGGAGCCCGUGGUCUACACGCUCGUGUCCUGCCUGGAGGACGAAAGCAGGGUGACGGAGCUCCUGUCCGCCGCCCAUCACAAGUACAGCACCCCGCCCCCUGUCCUGGCCCCGCCCCCCUCCGUCAGUUCCACAAAGACCAGGAACUCCAGGAGUGCCAGCGUCAACAACCACACCAACAGCAGCGUCAACAACAGCCGCUCCACACAGGUCUCUGUGAAGGAGGCAGAGCGGGAGGAGCCGCAGCCAGAGGAGGAGGAGGAAGAGGAGGAGGAAGAGGAGGUGACCCCAGUGCUUGUGGAGAGUGAGAGCUAUGUUCACCUGAAGAAGAGAAUGGCAGAGAAGUUUGAGAGCAGAUCAGAAGGCCUUCUGCAAGACAACCGCAAGCUGUGCAGGGAGUUCAGCAGGAAACGGUCCUGCCGGAGGUUUGGGGCGAUGCUGGAGCAGAGGCAGAAGCUCCCGGCCUGGCCCCAGAGAGACAGCAUCCUGGCCCUGCUGAGGGACUGCCAGGUCCUGGUGGUGAGCGGCAUGACUGGGUGUGGGAAGACCACGCAGAUCCCUCAGUUCAUCCUGGACGAGUCCCUGGCGGGCGCCGCGGGCCGCGUGGCGAACAUCGUGUGCACUCAGCCGCGCCGCAUCUCGGCCGUCUCUGUGGCGGAGCGCGUGGCCCAGGAGCGCGCAGAGCGGCUGGGCCGGUCCGUGGGCUACCAGAUCCGCCUGGAGACCGUGCGGUCGUCGGCCACCCGGCUGCUGUACUGCACCACCGGCGUGCUGCUGCGCAGGCUGGAGGGGGAGGCGCUGCUCCCCGGGGUCACGCACGUCAUCGUGGACGAGGUGCACGAGCGCACCGAGGAGAGUGACUUCCUGCUCCUGGUGCUGAAAGACCUGAUGAUGCAGCGCCCCGACCUCAAGAUCAUCCUGAUGAGCGCCACGCUGAACGCAGAGCUCUUCUCCCAGUACUUCUACAACUGCCCCACCAUCCACAUCCCCGGUCGCACAUUUCCUGUCGAUCAGUUUUUUCUGGAAGACGCCAUUGCCAAGACAAAGUAUGUGAUUGAGGACGGCAGCGUCUACAUGCGCUCUGGGAAGCAGGGCCCCCCAGGGAAACAGGGCCCCCCAGCCAGACAGGAGGUGGACCAGCUGGAGGAGGAUAUGUGGUCCUUCAUGUCCUUCCAGAAGAAGGACUUUGUGAAAGACUCCGUCCCUGACCAGCAGCUCAGCUUGCAGGAGCUCUCUGUCCGAUACAAAGACACUAAGAAGUCUGUUCUGAAGACCAUUGCUGCCAUGGACCUGGAGAAGAUCAACAUGGACCUGGUGGAGAGUCUGCUGGAGUGGAUUGUGAGUGGAGAACAUGACUACCCCCCAGGCGCGGUGCUUGUGUUCAUGCCCGGAUUGGCUGAGAUUAAGAUGCUGUAUGAGCAGCUGCAGUCAAACAGGAUGUUCAACAACAGGAAGUGCAAACGGUGUGUGGUGUUGCCCCUGCACUCCUCUCUGACCAAUGAGGAGCAGCAGGCGGUGUUCCAGCGACCACCCGAAGGUGUCACCAAGAUCAUCAUCUCCACCAACAUCGCCGAGACCUCGGUCACCAUCGACGACGUCGUCUACGUGGUGGACUCCGGAAAGAUGAAGGAGAAAAGGUACGAUGCGGCGAAGAGCAUGGAGAGUCUGGAGGACUCGUGGGUUUCACGGGCGAACGCUCUGCAGCGGAGGGGCCGGGCCGGACGAGUGGCCUCGGGCGUCUGCUUCCACCUCUUCACCAGCCACUGCUUCUCUCACCUGCUCCCCGAGCAGCAGCUGCCUGAGAUCCAGAGAGUCCCCCUGGAGCAGCUCUGCCUCAGGAUAAAGAUCCUGGAUGUGUUUGCGGAGACGUCGCUGGCGUCGGUGUUCUCGCGGCUGGUCGAGCCCCCAGCCCCCCCCAGCGUGGAGGCAGCGGAGCAGCGGCUGCAGGACCUGGGGGCUCUGACGGCCGAGGAGAAGCUCACCCCCCUGGGGUACCACCUGGCCUGCCUGCCGGUGGACGUGCGCAUCGGGAAGCUCAUGCUGUUCGGGGCCAUAUUCCGCUGCCUGGACCCCGCCCUCACCAUCGCUGCCAGCCUGGCCUUCAAGUCACCCUUCGUCUCUCCGUGGGACAAGCGCGAAGAGGCCAAUCUACGGAAACAGAGCUUCGCUCUGGCCAACAGCGAUCACCUGGCCCUGCUGCAGGCCUACAAGGGCUGGAGUGCUGCAGCCAGGCACGGAAACCAGGCUGGCUUCCGGUACUGCCGGGAGAACUUCCUGUCUGGACGUGGGCUCCUGGAGAUCGCCAGUCUGAAGAGGCAGUUUGCCGAGCUGCUGUCGGACAUCGGCUUUGUGAAGGAGGGCCUGAAGGCGCGCCUCAUCGAGAGGCUGGGCUCCAGAGGGUCUGACGGCGUUCUGGAGGCCACAGGCCACGAGGCCAAUCUGAACUCAGACAACACCAGGCUGAUGUCGGCCAUGUUGUGUGCUGCCCUCUAUCCCAACGUCGUCCAGGUUCGCUCCCCCCAGGGGAAGUAUAAGCAGACCAGUAAGGGGGCGGUGAAGAUGCAGCCCAAGGCUGAGGAGCUGCGCUUCAUGACCAAGAGCGACGGCUGUGUGCACGUGCACCCGUCCUCCGUCAACUACGCGGUGAGGCACUACGACAGCCCAUACCUGGUGUACCACGAGAAGGUGAAGACAAGCCGGGUGUUCAUCCGGGACUGCAGCAUGGUGUCGGUGUACCCCCUGGUGCUGUUUGGGGGCGGGCAGGUCAGCGUGGAGCUGCACAAGGGGGACUUCAUCGUGUCCCUGGAUGACGGCUGGAUCCGCUUCGCUGCGGCGUCCCACCAGGUGGCUGAGCUGCUCAGGGAGCUUCGCUGGGAGCUGGACCAGCUGCUCGAGGACAAGAUCCGGAGCCCCAGCAUGGACCUGUGCACCUGCCCCCGCGGCUCCCGCAUCAUCCACACCAUCGUCACUCUCAUCUCCACACAGUGACAUCCUCACCACCAUCCUCACCACCAUCCACACCACCAUCCUCACCACCAUCCUCACCAUCAUCCUCACCAUCAUCCACACCAUCGUCACUCUCAUCUCCACACAGUGACAUCCUCACCACCAUCCUCACCACCAUCCUCACCACCAUCCACACCACCAUCCACACCACCAUCCUCACCAUCAUCCACACCAUCAUCCACACCAUCGUCACUCUCAUCUCCACACAGUGACAUCCUCACCACCAUCCUCACCACCAUCCACACCACCAUCCUCACCAUCAUCCUCACCAUCAUCCACACCACCAUCCACACCACCAUCCACACCAUCAUCCUCACCAUCAUCCACACCAUCAUCCACACCAUCAUCCACACCAUCAUCCUCACCAUCAUCCUCACCAUCAUCCACACCAUCAUCCACACCACCAUCCACACCACCAUCCACACCACCAUCCUCACCAUCAUCCACACGACCAUCCACACCAUCAUCCACACCACCAGCCAUUAACAGGGCGUUGCUGCAAAAGAGCAUGCAUGCUCAGUCAACUUACUCUGUAUAAAUGAAUACUUUAUACUUUCACUCCCCUGAUAUUAACAGCUACACAGUACAGCAAAGAUCCACAGUGAAGGGGGAACCAAAAACAGCACACAGGGAGUGCCGGAGUGCCGCUAAGACCAGCGCACCAACAUUACAUUACAUUACAUUAUUACAGUACAAGGCAUUUAGCAGACGCUCUUACACGUACAAUGCCUUGUAAUGUAAUGUAGCUCCAUGACCACUACUGGGGCUACUCUUGGUGGUGCGGGCAGAAAAGGGUUCUUUUUAAAAAUAAAACUGAAUGGUUAAAGUUACGCAAAAUGCCAUAUUUAAUGAGGCUUUACAUGCUUUUCCCCUCAUUGUCUUGUCUAGCACUGAAAACUGACCUGAAGUUGUGUGAUGCCACACAUCAUUUUGAAAGGCAUUUGAAUCCACAUUGGAUUUUCUUAAUGAAGCAAGUGUGCAUGGCUCAUUGGGGGUUUUAUAUGAACUGAGCAAACUCAUCCAUGAGGCUGUGGGUCUUAGAGAUCCAUGACAGGUUGAGGAAGAAGAUAAUGUCAAAUAUUAUUCCACUUGUGUGGUUGUUUUGGCAUCUGCAUAAGGAAUGUUGAAAUGAAUCAUGGAAAUUAAAUUCAAAGGGCUAUCAAAAUAUGUUUUGGUCUGAUGUUGCCAAAGGGUAUUUAAAUGUAUAUUUGAAGACAAGACUAACGUGUUCUGUGUAGGACUGUGAUCAAUAAACUGCUGCCUGAAAUGAAA